AUGGCAAGCAACAGAGCGAGCAAAAUAAUUGAGAAUCUGGAGGCCGGCUUGAAGGGCGCAAAGUUCAGAAUUUUGAACGAGGUCCUCUACAGAAAGACGGACAAGGAAAUGAACCCGGAGCUAUUCCAGAAGUACCACGAGGGGUACAGAGAGCAGGUGGCCAAGUGGCCAUUUAAUCCGGUGGACAGAAUUGUAAAUCAGCUGCGAAAUGUAGACGCAAAACACGUUAUUGCUGACAUGGGGUGUGGAGAUGCAACCAUAGCAAAACGGUUCAAGGAGAGGCAGGUCCACUCUUUUGAUCUAAUCAAGCCGGAGGACGACAAGUAUGUUGUGGAGGCAGACAUACGAAACACUCCAUUGAAAAACGAGUCCGUUGAGGUCGUUGUCUUUUGCCUGUCUCUUAUGGGCGAGGACGCCAGCGCAUACAUAGAGGAGGCCUACAGAAUACUCAAGCCCGGGGCCUUGCUGAAGAUUGUGGAGGUAAGGAGCAGGCUGCACAAGAUAGACGGCUUUGUGCGCCCGAUGUCUUUGCACGGCUUUACUCUGCUGUCCAAAGACCUGGAAAGCAACUUCUUCUGCUUUUUUGACUUCAAAAAGGUCUCUACGCGGGUCAAAAGGCUGCCCUCGAUUCCGCUCAAGCCGUGCGUGUACAAGAAGAGAUAG